AUGACCCAAGGUGGAGCUGAAUGUUGGUAUAACAAUCUCUACACGUAUGACAUAACAGUGGAAAAGACGGAAAACUUGGGUGUGGUCAGUUACACAUUGACGGGCGGAUAUGCGGCCGAGAUUUUCGAAAACUUGCAACUCCUCUUCGGAUUCACCUACGUCUUGGUCCCAGAAGUUGGAGCGUACAAUUUCACGCUGGCCUCGGUGGGCGCGGGGGUGGACGUCUUCCUUGGGUCGUACAGCCUCUAUUAUGCACGUGCCAAAUUGGCCGACCCCACAUUCGUCACAGGGAACUCUAGAAUAAUCGCCGUAAUAAAUCACGCUCAUGAAUCCAACAUUGAAGACGUUUUCAGUCUCCCAUUCAGCAAGACGCUCUGGAUCGGAAUCAGCAUCGUGUUCUUUAUCUAUUUCUGCCUUUUGCAAAUAAUCGCAUUCAUUGCAAAAUUAUCUUGGAGAGAUACCCUCUUUCACACGGCGUCCAUCAUACUACAGAAAGCAUGUCCCUUAAUAUCGGGGAGUUACGUUCGGAUCGCAUUUUUCUCAAUUUCCGUCACCUUGAUUGUACUGAUGGCAUGCUACACGGGGAAUAUGUUUUCGAUCAAGACAGUUAAUCGAUUCUCGAUCAAUACUGUGCAAAACUUGCUCGAAACAGAGUUCAAGGUUUUGAUCGAGAUGGGCGAAUCUACCUCGUCUAUCUUUGUCAUGUUACAGGCACUCCUCCACAUUCCCGCCAUCGCCAAACUUCUCGCCCGGAUCCAUUCGGCCAAUUAUGUCUACACGACGUUUGAAGACGCCAUUAAGGAGGUCGUGGAGUCACCCACGGCUUACGUGAUUGACGAGGAGACCGCCAUGACAACCAUGCUCGACGUGCUGGGCCAGGUCCCCUGCUCCUUCAGUGCUCUCUCCAUCUUCAACCUUAAGUACCCUUGGUCCAUGUUCAUGAGGAAGAAGUCAAGAUUUAAAGACACCAUUAAUUACGGGCUUUUAAAAAUAGACGAGACCGGGGUUCGACGUCGCCUCCGUGCAAAAUGGAUUCCACACGCUUCCCAAUGCAGAGUCGUCUCCAUGCCGUUCACCUCAAUAAAGUUGAGCCAAGUUUAUUCCGCCCUGGGAAUUUAUACGGUUGGCCUUAUCACCUCUACCGUCGGCUUCUUCCUUUUCGAAUCCAACUUUGGGUUGAGACGAUUGUGCAUGGUCGAACGGGUACAAUUACUGCCCGAAUAA